GGGAGAUGGCAUUUCCCGCAUCUGGUUACACUGAACUGACACUUUAAAAACAACCAUCGAAAGUGUUGUUGUUCCGAUAAGAGCGCGGGUGCGGAUAAAUCAAACAAAACAAUAGUACAAUAGUACCGGGAUUUGAAACAGUCCGAACAAAGCAACCAGCGGGAAAGGAGGUAACACUUUUUGAAGCACAAUGGCAUCCGGCGGCUUGACAUGUGUCAAAUACUUGACAUUCUUUUGCAAUCUUCUCUUUGCGCUUACCGGUCUUCUCAUCUUUCUGGUGGGUGGCAUGGUUCAACUGAACUAUGCUCACUACUCGAACUUCGUUAGCGAUCACAUCUGGACCGCUCCCAUUAUACUGAUGAUUGUGGGAGCCGCCGUGGCCGUCAUUUGCUUCUUGGGAUGCUGCGGGGCCCUCAAGGAGAGCAGUUGCAUGAUACUGAGCUUCGCCAUACUCGCCGUGGUGAUCUUUCUGUUCGAGAUCGGACUGGGCGCCGCCGGUUAUAUAAAGCAUACCGGACUGCAGCAGCUGAUGGAGGGUCAGUUCAAUUCGACCAUGAAGCACUACAAGGAGCGGGCCGACUACCGGGAUGCUUGGUCCCUGCUGCAGACCGAGCUGGACUGCUGCGGCACCUAUGGACCCAACGACUGGGAGAUAAUCCUGGCUAACAAAACCCUGCCGGCGGCGUGCUGCUCUAUAAUUAACUUGAGCGAGGCCAAGGAAUGCACAGUGGUUCAUGCCGCACAGCAGGGAUGCUUGCAGAAACUUUUGGGAAUCUUGGACUCGAAGACUUUAAUCUUGGCCUCUGUGGUUUUGGCAGUGGCUGGUAUUCAGAUGCUCACCAUACUGUUCGCCUGCUGCCUCUUUCGUUCGUUUCGCAGGAGCUACGACCAUGUUUAGAUUGCGCAGCGAGGAUCCCGUAUGCCGCCUUUAAAGCGGGAACACCGAUUUUCGUAGUUUGUAGUUGUCAUACACAUGCGAAGCAUUCACAUUGGCGUGUCUAUAUCGAACACAAUCACGAAGCACUCAAACAGAACACAAAUCACAAAGAACUCAUCUGUUUCACUUGCCCAUUGAAGGCUGAUUAGUAUAUCUAUAACUAGGGCAUAUACUCUCUUUUUCCUUAGUUCCCUAAUUGCAUCUAGGCAAACUAAAUUUCUUGCCAGAUUAUAUUCAAUCUCAUCAAAGGUUAUGUUUUCCCUUA